GAUCUCCGGCUGGAUAUAAAUGUUAGUCUGGAAGAGCUUGCUCGUUUAACCCCUGGCUAUGUUGGCGCCGAUUUAAAAGCAUUAGCUAGAGAAGCAGCUAUGUGUGCUGUAAACAGGAUAUUUGAGACUGCAGUGGAUCUCAAAUCUGGCACAAAGCGAGUGAGUAUUGAAGAAAUCGAAUUGGAAUUGCAGAAAAGUAAAACUAUCGGAAUUUUGAUUAAAUUUUAA